GCAAAGCAAAGCAAAGCAAAGCAAACCCAAAAUCAAAAUCAAACUCAAACGGAAAAGCAAAAGCAAAAGCAAAAACUCAGCAAGUGCUAGACGAAAUCGAAGCGAAGCGAAGCGAGCAAAACAGAAAUCUGGCCAAAACAGUCGAAGCCAGAAAGUUGAAAAGAUAGUUCGUCAAGUGCUCACAAUAAUAAAUUUAAUUUUAAUUUCAAUUUCAAUUAUCAGAGGAAACGACUCUAAGCCAAGUUAAUUAAAUUGAGAAAAUUGAUAAUUGUUUAGCGAGCUACGCGCUUUCAUUUUCGUUUUCAAACUAAAUAAACGCAAUCAAAAGAUCGCGCGGCAGCCGCUUAAAGAAAAUAUAAAACCAGCGCAGAUUCAAGCACAAACGAAGUGGUUAAAUGUGAAAUUGUCAUUGGAAAACAGUUAGACAAGCAUUUGUGUGUGUGUGUGUGUGUAGGGGGGCGUUUGCGCAAUUGUGAAUUGCUCGAAAAAUCACUUUUCAAUAUCGAAUCCAAUUUUUAUGGUCAAGUGCCUGCGUCUGGCCAUUGUGCAACUGCCAGCCAACCCAGCCACUUAACCUUAACAAUCAUUAUUUGGCAAUAAGACAUUUGGCACAAUCAUUUCAUUCAAGUGUGCCCAAGUACGCCAAAUCGAACUUUUACCGUACAAACGAAAGCAAAGCAACAACAACAACAACAACAACUGGACUCAACGAACCCACGCGGCGCUUAACUCGAGUAGCAGCAGCAGCAGCAGCCAAAGACAAAACAGCACAAGAAGAAGAAGUAGCGGAAGAGGAGGAGAAAGAAGCAGCAGGAGACAGCUGAGACGAACAAAAAUAGUGCAAAAUGGUUGAGAAGACAGACAUAUCGAAAAUCGUUGGCGUUGACGACAUCGCAAAGAACAAGAACAUCUGGCGCAUGCUGCUCGGCGAGCUGGUGGGCACAUUUUUCUUAAUAUUCAUUGGCGUUGGCAGCACGGCGAUCGGAAGCGCGACAGUGCCACAGAUAGCGUUCACCUUUGGCUUGACGGUGGCCACGCUGGCCCAGGGCCUGGGCCACAUCAGCGGAUGCCACAUCAAUCCGGCUGUAACAAUCGGUUUCCUGGUCGUCGGCGAGAUGAGCAUCCUGAAGGCUCUCUUCUACAUCAUUGUGCAGUGCGUGGGCGCCAUUGCCGGGGCAGCUGUCAUCAAGGUGGCUCUCAGUGGACUGGCCCCCAGUGGACUGGGUGUUUCCUCCUAUGACGCCUCGCUGAAUGUCGGGCAGGUGGUGCUGAUCGAGGCUCUGAUCACCUUCAUUCUGGUGUUCGUGGUCAAAGCGGUGUCGGAUCCAGGUCGCCAGGACAUCAAGGGCUCGGCACCCCUGGCCGUAGGCCUCUCCAUUGCAGCUGGUCAUCUCUGUGCGAUUAAGCUCAGUGGCGCCAGCAUGAAUCCAGCACGCUCCUUGGGGCCAUCCGUUGUCCAGAGCAUGUGGGCCGACCACUGGGUCUACUGGGCGGGCCCCAUUGCGGGCGCCAUUGUGGCCGCUCUCAUCUACAGGUUCGUCUUUAAGGUGCGCAAGAGCGACGACGAGGCCAAUUCGUAUGACUUCUAAGAUAUUUUAUCCGCGUAUUCCGCCCUCACACCUUCUCGCUUGGGGAAAAACCCACAUCCUUGUUGUUGUACGUGUGUGUAUUGUGUGUAGAUGCUUAUUCGUAUUCGUCUCAUUCAGAAAUGUGCUGACAUUCUAUCGGAACGAUCGCACAAUUCACAAGCCACUUAGAUUAGCCGGGCAAAAGCCGCACAAUACAAAUUAUACAAUUUUUAUUUGUUGAAAAAUAAAAAUCGCUUCGUUUUAGUCGUACUAACACCUAAAAUAUUGAGUAUUCUAUGUUUGUAGCUUAAGAUACAUUUAAUUCGCAUGUUUAUCGAAACCAAUUAGAUGCAGCACAAAUUCGUGCCUCGAAACGCAGUUUGCUAAACCGAAUUCCACAUUAUUUGUUAAAAUUGUUAUUGUCCAAUUCAUAAUUAUCGAGCACAAAUAAACGUAUUUGAUAAAUGACAA